UGUUUUCUCAGGGUUUACUUCUUGUGGCAUCGUAUUCUCAUUUAAAUUUUCAAACGAUCUGUAACUAUCUGAUAUAUUGUUUUUCCUUUUACAGUGUGCUUUUCGUUUAUUCCUUGUUAUGGCGAACUGACACAUGUGUGGUCCUUAAGAAUGGGAUACUGAGUGACAGUAUUUUCUCCAUAGAUUAUUGACUGAGUCGGUGUUAUAUGUUGACCAAGAGCUGAAAGAGUUUUUUUAGUUUGGUUUUGGAGAAAUAUUGGCUUUGAACAGAGCAGGAGUUCGAGGAAGUAUUUUAUUUAAGUCUUGUUGUUCUCUUGGUGUUUGACAGGGUUUGUGAUAAGAUCAGAAGGAAUCCAAGUAUGCCCAGUAAAAGAAUGUGCAGCUGGGAAAUAGUCAAAGAAGUUCCAGCACCUCCAUGAUCUCCGCACAACUACUGCAUCCCACGUUUUCAUCAGCAUAUGUCCAGAAGAUAACGUGGCUGUAUACUACCAGCAGCAGGUAGAAAUGCUUGAGGGUUUUAAUGAAAUGGAUGCCCUUGCAGAACGUGGUUUUAUUCCUGGAAUGUCUAAGGAAGAGAGAGAAAGGUUGGCUAAGAGUGAGACAUUAGCCAUUAGAAUAUCAAAUGCAGCUAAUAUGGUUCUUUUUGCUGCUAAAGUUUAUGCAUCAGUCAGAAGUGGCUCAUUAGCAAUCAUUGCAUCCACGCUGGAUUCUCUUCUUGAUCUUCUAUCUGGCUUCAUCCUGUGGUUUACUGCAUUUUCCAUGAAGACACCAAACCCAUAUCAAUAUCCUAUUGGAAAAAAACGGAAGCAGCCCUUGGGAAUCCUCGUUUUUGCCUCUGUCAUGGCAACUCUGGGUCUGCAGAUUAUUUUGGAAUCCUUCCGCACGAUGAUAUCAGAUGAAGAUGAAUUUGACCUGACAAAAGAGCAAGAGACAUGGGUUGUGGGCAUUAUGCUGUCAGUGACCCUGGUGAAAUUCAUUCUGGUUAUCUAUUGCCGCUCAUUCACUAACGAGAUCGUCAAAGCCUAUGCCCAGGAUCAUUUUUUUGAUGUUAUCACCAACAUCAUUGGCCUUGUAGCUGUGCUUCUUGCUAACUAUAUUGAUGAUUGGAUGGACCCAGUUGGAGCUAUCAUUCUGGCCUUGUACACAAUCCGCACCUGGUCAAUCACAGUGUUGGAAAAUGUAAACUCCCUUGUUGGAAAGUCAGCUGCUCCGGACUAUCUGCAAAAACUAACCUACCUCUGUUGGAACCACCACAAGGCCAUCAGACACAUUGACACAGUCCGGGCUUACACAUUUGGCUCUCAUUACUUUGUUGAAGUUGACAUUGUCUUGCCGGCAAACAUGGCCUUGCAAGAUGCUCAUGAUAUUGGAGAAUCAUUGCAGGAGAAGCUUGAGCUGUUGCCCGAGAUCGAACGUGCCUUUGUUCAUCUGGAUUAUGAAUACACUCACAAACCCGAGCACGGGCGAGCACACUAUUAGCAGGAGGGAAAUAUGGUCAUAUUUUUUGUUUGGUUGUUCAUCUUUACUGCCCAUUAAUCCAUACACCACAUUAAAGAAUCUACCGAGCCAUGAAGGGUUGGGGUUGAAGGCAAACAAUCUGUAAGUGUGUGUGCAGAUGUUCGGUAGGUUCAUUGAAUAUGGUACUUAAUAGUAUAUAGAAACUUAUUUGUUAAUCAGGAUGUAUUUGUAGUUUAGGUUUCCUAAGCACCUUUGCUUGGCUUGUAAUAUGUAAAAGUUAAGAGAAUUGGUUGGGAAUGCAAAAAUGGCUUCCUAGUAAUCGUCUCUUUUUUUUUCUUCCA